GCCGUGCUGUUGUAAUCAGAUGAAAGCCGAGUCGGGUUACUGGGACUUGAGGAGAAAAGUCUAGCACUUGGAGGAAAGAGCAAAGCCUGUCUUAGACUUAUUUGAUGAUAUCGUCAAGGAGGCGACAGCAUAGGGGAGAGUUCUUCCAUUCUUGUGUGUAGUGGUGGAAAUGGCCAGCGCGGCUCCCCCGGCCUCAGGUUCCGCGGCCACGGACAGUGCCGGCCCCGGCGUGAGCGGCGCGGCCGCGGCGGAGGGAGGUAGCCAGGACAGCACCUUCGAGUGCAACAUCUGCCUGGACACUGCCAAAGAUGCGGUCAUCAGCUUGUGUGGUCAUCUCUUCUGCUGGCCGUGCCUGCACCAGUGGCUGGAGACUCGGCCGACCAGACAGGUGUGCCCAGUAUGUAAAGCAGGUAUCAGCAGAGACAAGGUGAUCCCAUUGUAUGGCCGUGGCAGCACCGGACAGCAGGACCCACGGGAGAGGACGCCUCCUCGACCUCAGGGCCAGAGACCAGAGCCAGAGAACAGAGGAGGUUUUCAAGGCUUCGGUUUUGGUGAUGGAGGAUUCCAGAUGUCGUUUGGAAUCGGAGCUUUUCCUUUUGGCAUUUUUGCCACAGCCUUUAACAUCAACGAUGGGAGGCCACCACCAGCUGUCCCUGGGACGCCCCAGCACAUGGAUGAGCAGUUCUUGUCUCGCCUCUUCCUGUUUGUGGCUCUGGUGAUUAUGUUUUGGUUGCUCAUCGCCUAGACAGACAAAAUGGGGGACAAGGACAGACACAAGACGAGGAGCACCUCUCCUUCUUUCCAGGAAGUACUGUAUAGCAGGCAGAUAAUCUUUUGCAAAGAUAGAAUUAUUUUUGUCCAGUUUUGUCUGGUCCAGUGCUUGAUAACAGAAUGUACCCAAAUAGACUGACAUUAAUUCAAAAUAUUUUUGUGAAUAAAAAAACCAAGUAUUCAGCAGUGAAGUCUUCCCUGAGAAACUACUGCUGCAGCCCGAGAGAUGACUUCAUACUUUAUCAGUACAAAUACAGGUUAUGUUUUGAAUUGACGCUUUGUCUGUCUGUUUCUGUUAGUGGUCGUUUUUAUGGGGAACUUCAAUGAAAGUGAAGUGCGGACCGUCAAAAGAGGUUAUUUUAGUUUGGUUAUGAACUGUGACUACUAAGCGGACCCAUUUGUUGUUCCAGUGAGGCCUAGCUUUCUUCUCUUCAAACACAACAUGCUGGUGUGUCUGUUAAACUAGUCAGAGGCCAGUGUGCAUUUGGUGUGUCACAAAAGACAACCCUCCUGCAUCCUCGCACAGGACCUGCAGUCCAAGCAGUAGGUUGGGUCACUGUCAGUCUUUCUCAUCAUAGGAUACAGUUCACUGAUACUGAGCUGAACCAAGGUGCAUAAGGACAUUUUGGUGUGAUUAAAGGAGAGGUUUGGUGAAAAAUUAAUGUUUCAUUGUGUAUCAAGUAUGUACAUACUCAAAGGAAUUUUGCAGACAACAUCCUGUAAGCCUGAAACCUAGCCUUUCUGCAGAUUGACACGAGGAAAACUUACUCUCACCCAAAAUUUCUCACUACAGUACACAAAGAAAUAUGAAACCUUGUCGAAAUGAGCAUUUUCCUUGGGAAUAGCUUUCUGAUUACUUGGACACCAAGAAUCUUUAGAAACCUUUGUUUUGAGCGGAACAAUGCAAAAUGUGUAUUGUGAAGCUGAGGCAUUUUUCAGUUUACUGUAGUGAUGAACUCUGGCUGUUAUUAAGGCUUACAUUAGCUGGAGGGUAGGUUUCUAAGCUUACAGACUGUAUCUCCGAAUGUUAAAAUGUGCAUGAGUAAAGGACUUGAUACUUAACAUAAAUCUUUUUUUGUUUAUUUGUUUGUUGUUUUUGGCCGGACUCCACCAUGGAAUAAAACAGGUUAUGUAAAAUGUAAUGAUAGGGGUGUCUUCCAGGUGAAUACAGGUUAAGUGAGUCUGCAGCUGGUGUUACCAGGUGUUCCCUAAGGCAUGUGGAAUGCUAGAUGUAAACUACAAGUGGAAGUUUUUUUUUUCCCUAAUUUGAUUUGUUGACAUGUGCCACAAUGGCUAUUAUAGAUUGAAGAACAGUGGCUAGAGAAGCCUGAGAUUCUCACUGGGUCUAGUUUCAGUCAAGGAUAAGUUACAUUUGUAACUGACACUUUUCAACAGAGCAGGAACCCCCCCCCACCCCCACCCCCAAGUGAGGUGCAGUUCAGUCGGUUGAAGUGGACAGAGAAGAUAUACUGCAUUUCAUUUGCAUUGCAAAUACAAAAGCCUGCCAUCACCUCUUACACCAGCCAUCACCUGUCACCUGGAGAAUGGGACAGGUUUGCCCAUCUGAUUAUAGUUUGGCAGAAAGUAACAGAAUAAUAAUGUAAAUAGUAAUGUAGAAUAGUUUUCUUGGGGCUUGUUCAUGAAUACAUUUUUCCAUGAGUUGUUAUGAUCAGAUAACAGGCAGUAUUUCCUAACACCUAUGCAAUGGCUUUUUUUUUUUUGAAAUUUCAAAUCUCAAGGCUUUGUCUUGAGAUUUGAUUGUUCUUUAUGUUAUUGAUAUUACUGAACUGUAAAAUUAAACAUUUUGAUUUAGAAACCUUGCUUUCAUCAGUACAAGUGUGGGCAGUUUUUUUGUUUGUAAUUAGUGCAGAUGAGAAGUAAAUCGGACAUAACCCAUCAGGUUAGCCUCAGAAUGAAGCCAAAGCAAUUAACGGUCUCCAACAUCCAGUGUCGUUGGCAUUGGAUGGAUGUUCAAAUGCUGUUAUUUUAGUGAAAGUAUAGUGAGCUCAUUCUAAGUCUUUCUUAAAUGGUUCAUGCCCUGUUGACUAAAUUGUCUGUGUAAUAGAUGCCUUAGGAGUAAAUGUAUUUUUUGGGGGAAAAAAGCAUUCUCAAAAGCUCUGUUAUUUUAGCAGUUAAUUAAACAUGUUGUUGCUCAAUAAGUGAAUAAAAUCUCCU